ACAUCUUCAUUUUGGUCGCGUAAUGCAGCGCUUUAGCGCCUCAUUCAGCGCCAUUUUGUUUAGCGUGCAGCGCUGCCUGACGCAAUUCGCAUAUUUUACUAACAAUAACUUAAUUUCAAGUGUAUUAUUAACCACAUUAUAAGGAGAAAACCUGAAGACUAAGUCAACAGACAGACUCAUCGAAUCAAGCCAUCACCAUGAGCGACAGUGAAGGUCAAGAAAUUGAAUAUGUUGAAGCUGAUGAAGAAUAUCACACCAUAAACCAGCCUGAACCCAUGCAGGCGGAAGAUGAUGAGAACGCCGACGACGUGUGGACUCCAAAAGCCGUCAGAACACUCCUGGAAAUGUACAUACAGAAUCUUCCCAAGUUUCGAAAUUCAAAAAUGAAGAAAAAAGGCCUAUGGAUACAAAUUGGCCAUGCCGUUGGGAAAUCACCGGCGUCAUGCGAUAAAAAGUUCAGAAACCUAAAGCUUACAUACUUAAGGUGUUUAAAAAAGAAGAAAACCCAUGUCAACAAACUGUGCACUUGGCCCUACUUUGACCUGUUUGAAGAGAUAUACUGUGAAAACGGUGUUUAUGCACCAGAAAUUUAUAAAAAGAUUGAUGACUCCAAAGUGAAUAUAUCUUUCAAUGGAGAAAGUUCUAAAACUCCUGAUGAAGAUGUUACAAGAAAGAGAACUAAUAGUAGAAUAAGUAAACGGGUGACAGAUUUUAAGAAAAUAGCUAGUGAAAUGAGGGACAGACAAAAAACAGUAGAACACAAAUUAGAUAGGUUAAUCAGUAUUGUUGAGGAUUCCAAUAAUAUACAGAAGGAAAGGAAUCUUUUAUUCCAGCAAUACUUAGAAAGACUGCACCGCAAUGAUUAAAUCAAUAAGCCUUUUAAUAUAAUCUAAGAAAAGAAACCCAAAGAAUAUAAAAUCCUUUAUCAUGAUUGAAAUACUUCAUUGUAAUUUGUCUUACAAAACAACAAAGUGCUUCAUGUAUUUUGUAUAUGUAAGUACUUGAAUAAAAACAAUAGUGGUCCACAACCAUAUAAUUUUAAAGAGUGUGAAACAUGUUAUAAUGUAAAUAAAAUAUAUUUUUGUUGAUGAAUGUAUUUGUUUACUUAACCAGCUCGAUAGUAGAUAUUCUGAUUUGAUGGUUUAUUUCCAUUUUAUCACCAGACCAAAAGCCUAGAAUGCCGCUUAAAAAAAAAACCUACACUUAAUCGGCGAUAAAAUUCCUUUGUUAAUAAUUGGUAGAUUGUCUUAGCUGUUUAAUAUCAUAACCUGAGUAAAACCGUCCGAAAUUUAGAUAUGCAUAAAAUAGCAGUUUAUUACUUCAACGUACAAUAGCUUACCUCGCAUUCAUACAUACAGGCUAAGUAAUUUAUAAACACUGCAAUUUACACCUACACUCCAGUUCUGCUGACGACUGGUAGCUGGAACAGGCAAUUCGAGCAAAUACAUAACACAUUUGUCGCUUACGUGUGUCGGGUAAGACAUUACAUAUUUACUGUCGUCCAUUCCUUGAGCGUGAUAAUACGUGCUGUCUACAUACCGGUGGUAAUUAACUAAUUUCUCUUUGACGACUUUUUCUUUCUUUAGUCGUGAUAUGUACGGGAAGGAGAAAAGUGUGUUGGUUUUUCUAUCCGCCUGCGCUAUUUGUUUAAAAGGUGUUCUAAAAA